AGCAUCAGAACUCACUGUAGGUUUUGAAUAGCUUCUUUGAGCCUAGAAGGGUGUUGAUCAUGUUCUCGAUGCAUAAAUUUAUAAUCUUGAUGGCUAAGGACAGAGAUUGAGGAUAAAAAAAGCGAUUUCUAUGUUAUUGAGGAAUGCGUUGUAUUUGAAGGAGCUGAGAGUUGGGGUACCAGUGGGCGUGAGAUUGAAAGGCAUGACCUCUGAAAUGCAUUCAUCUAACCUUCCAAUGCCGGCUUCAGACUGGAAGAAAGACAGAGAACUUAAGAUUUCUGAAGAUUGCAGCGAACACUCGGAGAAGAGUAUUAUUAAGGGAAAUUCUAUUGAAUCAGUUGAAAUUGAGGAAAUUAGAAGCAAUCCGGAUAAACUUGAUUCCAUGACUGUGAAGGAACUCAGGACAAUGACAAGGAGCGUAGGUUUGUCAACAAGUGGCAAUAAGCAGGAGUUGAUAUCUUCUCUGAAGUUUUUAUUGUUUAAAGGGAAAACCACAAUAUCAGAAGAUGUCUCGGACAAUAAACAAAAGCAAACCAAAAAAAGAAAGCAAAUGGUUGAGAGUUCUAUAGCUGAAGAUGAUUCAAAAUGUGUUCUGGA